AUGGUUUUAAUCAGAUGGUUCAUUCAGAAAGCAAUGUUGAAAAGGUUCUGCAUAAUUCGCAAAGUCAGAGCAAUCAGAAUUUGGUUAGCGAAGAAAAUCAUUAUGGUUCUAAUGGGUUCUUUGGAAAGGACAGGACAGAGUCUAAUAAUGAGAGUUCAAAUCGUGAAAACAAUAAUUUGAACUUGGAAAAUAAUCAAGGAAGUUAUUCAGAGCAAAAUGAGAAUAAUAAUGGGUACGGUAGUUUAAAUCAGGGACAAAGUACUAAUGAGAAUUCGGAGCAUAGCAAUCAUAGAAAUAAAGAAACUCAGACGGAAUUCAAUAAUUCAGGGUUUAGCGGAAGUCAUGCUAGCGAAACAAAUAAUGUAUAUGGACAAGGUAGUAGUCAAAACGGAUAUAAUAAUGAAUAUGAUAGUUCAUAUUCUUCACAUAAGGAUAGUAAUCAUAAUGUGAAUAAUCAAUACACUCACUCUGAGAAUAGUGGUAAUUUUGAUGGUUUUAGUGGAGGUAUUCAUAGUACGGAUUUAGACAAUACUUCAGAAGAGACAGAAAAUUCUGGAGGUAUGGAUAGUUCUUCUGAAGAAAAUAAUAAUCAAAAUCAAUUCAAUGGUGAGAGUAAUGGCAGCGCAGGUUCUUCGGAUUAUGAAAUUAAUAAUAAUCAGCAAUUUAAUAACGCUGGACAUCAAGAAAUGAAUAAUGGCUUUGAUAGUCAUUCAGAAAAUUCAAAUCAUUAUGGUGAAGAUAGUUCUCAAAACCAUGAAUAUAAUGAAAGUUUCGGUGGAAGUACUUCAGACAAAGAUAUUAAUUCACAGAACAAGUUUGAUAGCUUUAAUAAACAGGAAAGUCAUCAAAAUGAAUUUGGCAAUAAUUUGGAGAGUUCAGAUCACAACGAAAAUCAUUUUGAUGGAAGUAGUUCCCAAGGUCAAUCUUAUGAUCAAAAUAAUGUCGACAGUAGUUCCUCUAAGCAUGAUAUGAAUCAUUUUGAAAAUAAUUCUCAGGUUCAUUCUAAUAAUGAAAAUAACGUUUACGGUAGUUCUUCAGGAGAUAAUACGAAUUUACACGAAGAAUUUAACAAUUUUGAAAAUCAAAAAAUUCAUCACAAUGAAUUUAAUAACAUUUCAAAAGAUUUGAGUUACUUUGAAAGUUUCAAUCAUGUAAAUAGCUCUCAAAACCAAUAUGAAAAUCAUAAUAAUGUCAAUGAAGAAAAUUCAAAGCAUGAAACUAUUUAUAAUCAAGAAAACAACAUAGAAAAUCAACAAACUGAUCAUAAUGAAUUUAACAAAAAUUCUGGAAAUUCUGAUUAUACAGACAGCAACUACAACGAAAAUAAUUUUAAGAAAAAUAUCGAGAAUAAUGUCGGUGAAAAUAGUUAUAAUGAACAAUUUAAUCACUUCAACAAUGAAAAAACUCAUCACCAGAAAUUUGAUAGAAAUUCAAAUCACGUUGAAAACCAUUACAAUGAAACAAACUACGAAGACUUUUCUUAUGGUAAAAAUCAGAUCCAAAGCAAUUCUUCAAGGCAUGAUAUAAACUACCAAGAAAAUUCUAAUAAUGUUGGAAAUCAAGGAACUUAUGAUGAACGCAAUCAUAAUUCAGAGAGUUUAAAUCACUUCGAAAACCAUAACGUUGAAAAAAAUUCUCUAAAUCAGUACGAAAGUCAAAAGAAUGUCACUGAAGAAAACUCAAAGCACGAAACUAUUGAUCAUCAAGGAUUUAAUACUAUAGAAUAUCAACAAACUCAUCAUAAUGAAUUAAAUCAUACUUCAGGAAAUUCAGAAUACUCAGACAGUCACUACAAUGAAAUUGGUUUUGAAAAAAAUCACAACAGUGAGAGUAAUGACAAUAGUAUUAAUUCUGUAGGUGGAAAUGAUUAUAAUGAACAGUUGAACAACAAUCAAGAAACUCAUCUCCAGGAAUUUGAUAACAAUUCCGAAAGUUCAAAUCACAUUGAAAGCAAUCACAAUGAUAAUAGUUUACAAGAUAAUUCUAAUCAUGACAAUAAUUUCCAAGGUGGUUCUUCGGGACAUUAUAUGAAUUAUCACAAAGAUUCUAAUAAUGUGAACAAUCAAAAUGAAUUUAAUGAAAAUUCAGAAAAUGUAAAUCACUUCGAAAGUCAUAACCAUGAAAAUAAUCAGAAUAUUGACAGCCAUGUUAGUGAAAAUAAUUCUGUAGAUGAAAAUAGUUAUAAUGAACAAUCUAAUAACGUUAACAAUCAAGAAAUUCAUCGCAGUGAAUUUGAUAUUAAUUCUGAAAAUUCAAACGACAUCAAAAACAAUUACGAUGAAAAUAGUUCCCAAGAUGGUUCAAAUAAUGAAAAUAAUGGCCACGGCAGUUCUUCGGGGCACCAAGAUGAUAACACUGAUAAGUAUGACAACGAUAAAUACAAUAGCAUGACUCAUAAAUCAGAACACUCAGAUUUGUAUGAUAAUACAAGCUCCAAUAAAAAUGAUGAUAACAAUAUUGACAGUUCAAAUUUUAACGAUAAGAACAUCAAUAGCAAUACCGAUGAGAGUCAUCAGCAAAAACAUAAUGACGGUUCUAUACACGGAGAAAUUGACAACAACGAUUUCGGUCAUCAUAAAACUGAAUUUGAAGAAAUAGAUCACAAUGAACUUGAUGUCAAUCAUAAAGAAGGAUCCUUUGAUAAAUCUGAGUACGAUCAUCAAAAACAAGACAAUCAUUUGGAAGAAUCAAAUCAUGCUUUUAACGAACUUGAAAUUGGACAAUCUCAUGAGAGCGAUUUUGGGUCGAAUUUGAAUAUUACAGACUCUCAUACUGAAAACCAUGAUCAUUCUUUAGAACAUUCCGGAAAUGAUUUCAACUUAGACCAACAAAAUAAUAAAACUGUAAUGGAAAACAACAUUGAUGAUCAUAACUAUGGUCACGAUAACACAUUCGGAUUCGAAAAAACUUAUCCGACAGAUCAGAUAAACACCGGUGCAACCUCAGAGCCUAUUGAGUACGAAUAUGAUGACGGACUCCUUGAAAAUGAUUCUAAAAACAAAAACAACAUUCAUGAGUCCAACUCCAGCAAUAAUGAAACUUCUAGUUUCUCAGAAGAUCAUUACCUUGACAACUUUGACGCGAACAACGUUACCAUCACUAAAGAUGAAAACUUCAACUUAGCUUCCAAUUCGACUCAUUCAGGAGCGCAUUGCCCAAUUGGAAACUUAACUGGAGAACAAAUAGCCCUCGUUUGUCCAACUGGGUUCCGUCGACACCCUAAAUAUUGUAAUCUUUUCUAUCAAUGUACUUCCCCCAUUGUAUAUUCCUACAACAUCAUAGUCCUUCAAUGCCCCGAAGACACAGCUUUCGACGAACAUAAGGUCCAGUGUCUUCCUGCUCAAGAAUUAACUAUGCCCUGCACAGGUUUGAAAGCAAACAAAAAAUUGUACGAACAGUUGCUGGCGAACUCAAUACCAAUGAUUCCCGUCAGCCAAAACUGCCUCUGUCCUGGUCUAGGACACUUUCCUCAUAAUGAAGAGUGCAGUAACAAGUACGUGAAGUGUCUAGAAGGCAAAUCAGGUUCAAAGGAAGGUUACCUUCACGAUUGCCCUCCAAAUCAAAUUUACUCACCGGCUUCAAAAAGCUGCGUACCCGCCGACCGCUUUACUCACUGCCAGAGUAGUCAAUAAUUUAUUUUAAUUUUA